GUAGAUAUUCAUUUCCAUAUUACUACUGGGAUUUUUUUCUUAAUGUCGCUUAAAGAAACAGAGAAGGGGGAAUUUUUUAUUCAAAAAAAAAAACUAGAAAAUCAAAAGAGUACCAGAAGGAAGCUAAUAAUAUAUGUCAGGAUGGACUAGCGGACCACGUUGCACCAGCCGGUUAUUGAAUUGAAUGCUUUUUUUUUUUGUCGGUUGGGGUUGGAUUGUGGAGUGACUUGUGAGGCGUGGCUGGAGAAGGGCAUUUCAUCCGCCAAGAAGACGCUGGCUCUGGCGGUAGAUAGUGAUUAGGUGCUCCCCAUUCUCGUUGCCCCACCAGCAUUCUCAAAUAUCAAAAGAGAGGCAAAAUCGACGGACAAUGUCAAUCCCAGUCCCAGUUCCAGCGAGUGGUGCUGCCGCUUAUCAGAGCUCCGGCAUGCUAUCCAGAGAUCAAUUACUUCACCUUUUUGACCGUUUCUCCUUUCUCACCUCCCGCCCCGAUGUCAAGAAAAGGAUAGCUGAAGCCGUCCUUGACAAGCAGGAAGCUGUUGCUGUAACCACCACGAUUCAGGAGGAGAUAUUUCUGGAAAUGGGAAUUGACCCAAGAUUUGGUCUUGCUUGCCUUGGGAAAGUAAAUGUGGCUUAUGAGAGUGAUCAAGAUUUAAUGAUCCAAUUUUAUGGAUUUGUUGCAAAGGAAGAGAUGGCUUGUGAAGAGGCUGAGCUUGGACCAGAAAAAUUUGCAGAAAGAAUGCAUAUGCAACAUAAAUUACAAGAGCAGCAACUGGAGAUGCUAAAAUACAUGCGCAAUUUUCAUCUAGAUGACCAGUCUGCAGUCCUGGAGAAGAUUCAGCAGCAGAUGGAGAGAGCCAAUUUUGAGAUAGAGGCAUCAAUUUUGUCUGAGGAACAGAUUCAAGACAUAGUUCGAAGGAGGGUAUCGCCUGUUUUCCAGCUCAGAUAGCCUAGUUGAUCCAAAUAGCUCCCUUCUUUUGGUUGUUCGAAAUAGCCUAGUUGGUCGACAUUGUUCAAAGGAGGGUAUUCCUUGUUUUGCUUGGGCUGGAGGGUGGUUGUUGUUUCUUUUUUUUUUUUGGUUUUGUGCUGUAUUUUUGGUUGCUUAAGACCGACAGCCUAGUAAUCCUCGUGUAUUUUUUUUUUAAACUAUCUUAACCUAUUCCUACUAAUAUUUUAUGGGGAGGGGAAGCCUAAACAGAGACUGGUUGCACUAGUACAGUCUCUCUGUAUAUUUUAAGAAUAAGAAGCACUAUGAUUUUUGUGUGAUGUGUUAGGCGGGGUUUCAACUCUUGACUUGAUGCACAAAAACAAAGGAGUUGUUCUUGAUGAUUGGAUUAAGCUCAAUAGUUAAGCUUCGUGUCGAUUGUGGCAUGCUGAUUUUGGAGUAGCA